AUGUUUGAAGCACGACUUUCCAGUAAGAGCACGCCCGUCGACUAUUGGCGACAGGCGUCGUCGUCGCUGUGGGCGGCAGAGAUGGCGGGACACCGAAACAUUCUCGAGCGCCUCGGCAACGUGCGAGCGGAGGACGUGCGCGGCAUGCGCGCGCCCUUCCUGCAAGGUGGCGGUAACACGCAGUUCAGCAUGAUGGCCGAGCAUGGCUUCAUCUACGACAUGUCGAUGCCGACGCAGCAGAACGAUCCUCCGCUCUGGCCCUACACGCUCGACUACCGCAGCACGCAGGGCUGCGACAUCCCACCCUGCCCGACCGCCUCCUUCCCGGGCGUCUGGGAAGUGCCGCUUGUCGACUGGCUCGACACCAACGGAACUCUGUGUAGCAUGGUAGACGGCUGUCACAUACCGGAGAGUAAAGACGAGGCGCUGCAGCUGCUGCACGACAACUUCAACAGGCAUUACCAUGGCAACCGCGCUCCGUUCCCCGUGAACCUACGUGCGCGCUGGUUCUACGAGUACGGCUAUAACCGGGAGGCGAUCACGGAGUGGCUCGACUCUCUGGCGAGCAUGAAUGACGUCUACGUCGUCACCGUCAGUCAGAUGCUUAGCUACGUGCGCAAUCCCGUAGCGCACCGAGGCGUCGCAGACGUGGCCGCAUUCUCGUGCGACGCUCUGCCAGACGUCGAAAUCUCGUGCGAAGUCAACAGCUGCGUCUACGAGAACAUCACGCAUGCGCCGAACAGCGACGAGCAUCCAGGCGAGCGGCGCGUACAGACCUGCAACGCCUGUCCCGAGACGUACCCGUGGCUGGCCGCGUGA